ACGCCAUGGAUGCUGUAAAUAGAUUUUGUUUAGAGAUUGCUUUAGUUCUUAUCAUAGUCAUGAGCAACAGGAGCUUUUUCUGCUGUGGUGCUUCAGUAAAUGCAGAGAAUGGCAUGAAGAAACCAGUAGUGCCUGCUCUUAUAAUAUUUGGUGAUUCCACUGUGGAUCCUGGUAACAAUAACAACAUUCUCACUGUUAUAAAGAGCAAUUUUCCUCCUUAUGGAAGAGAUUUCUAUGAUAAAAAACCCACAGGCAGGUUUUCCAAUGGCAAGAUUGUUACAGACUAUAUAGCAUCUGAUUUGAACAUAAAAGACCUACUACCAGCUUAUUUGGAUCCUACAACGAGAAACCAAGAUCUAAUUACUGGAGUGAGUUUUGCUUCGGCAGGGACUGGAUAUGACAAUCUCACAGCAACAAUACUGUCUGUAAUACCUCUUUGGCAACAAGUGGAGUACUUCAAAGUCUAUCAAAAGAAAUUGAGAGGUUUGGUAGGUGAAGAAAACGCCACCCAUAUUUUAUCAGAGGCAAUAUAUGGUAUUAGCAUGGGGAGCAAUGAUUGGGUCAACAAUUACUUUGUUAAUCCAAUUCGAAUGGAGCAGUACACAGUUCAGCAAUAUCAGAAUUUUCUCAUCGAAAUAGCUUCUAAUUUUAUCCAGGAAAUCUAUAGUUUGGGAGCAAGAAGAAUUGCUUGCAUAGGUAUACCUCCUCUGGGAUGCUUGCCUUCAGAGAGAACAUUAAGGGGGGGAUUGUACCAACAUGGAUGCAUUGAUGAAUUCAAUGAGGCUUCUCAAGGAUUCAAUCAGAAGCUAAUAUCAUUGGUGGAAAAUAUGAAAAAAGAGUUGGUCGGAGUAAAGAUUGCCUAUGGUGACAUUUACAGCAUUCUACUUGAUAUCAUACAGCAUCCUCACAUAUAUGGUUUUGAUGAAGUAGGAGAUGGGUGUUGUGGGACUGGACUAAUAGAAGUGGCUAUUUUGUGCAACAUAAGGACCCCAUUUACCUGCAUUAAUGCUUCCGAAUAUGUAUUUUGGGAUAGUUUUCAUCCUACACAAAAUGUGAACAAGAUCAUUGCUCAUGAUUUACUUCGUCGAAAGUUAGGUGAUCUCUUAUAAGUAAUCAAAUUCUUUCUAUGUUUUAUUGUUUUGUCUUCAUAAUUUUCAGAUCACCAUAAGCAAAAUUUAUGUUCUAAAUGGUGAUUUUCAAAUAAAUAGCUGUUGUUUUUCUUAUUUUGCUUCCAUGUGGACUACUCACCACCUUGCUUGUUUGAUAGAGUGGAGACUUCUCCUUCUCUAGUUGUGAGUUAUGUAAUGAUA